AUGGCAGUGGCCGCAGCCCUGGCUGGCCUCCAGGCAGAAGCCAAGUGUCCCAUCUGUCUGGACAGCCUUCAUGACCCUGUCACCAUCCAAUGUGGGCACAACUUCUGCCGCCGUUGCAUCCAGCGGUCCUGGGCUGAGCUGGAGGACACAUUCCCUUGUCCCAUGUGCCGCCAUCCAUGCCUGGAGCCGCAUGUGAGGAGCAACACCCAGCUGGGCAGGAUGAUCGAGGUGGCCAGGCUGCUCCACAGCAGCAGGAGCAGCAGCAAGAUGAGCCAGCAGCCUCACCUGUGUGAGUGGCACAACCAGGUCCUGAGCCUCUUCUGUGAGAAUGACCUGGAGGUGCUGUGUCCCUUGUGUGCACAGACCCCUAGUCACCAGGGUCAUGUAAUGAGGUCUGUGGCUGAGGCUGCUGACCACCUGCAGAAGGUGAGCAGUUAUGUGGAGCCUUUGAAGAGGCAGGUGGCUGAAACUCAGGGCCUUCUGGCCAUGCAGGAUAUAAAGCUACUGGAGCUUCAGGAGCAGGUGCAGCAUCGACAGCUGGAGCUGGCCUCAGAGGUCAGGCAGAUGAGUCGGGCUGUGGACCAUGAGCAGGAGUUGGUCCUGGCCAGGCUGGUCCAGGAGGAACACAACAUCCAUGAGCAGCUGGUCACCAACAUUGCUGCUUUCUCGGGUCACAUCUGGGAGCUGUGGGGCCUCCUGCAGGAGAUGAGAAAGCAGAGCUGCAGUUUCUCUCCGCAGUACUCGGUUCUGCAGAAAAUCGUUCAGAAGUUUACAGAGGAUGUGAUCCUGGACCCUGAGACCGCACAUCCCAACCUGUUAGUGUCAGAAGAUAGAAAGUCUGCAACGUUCAUGAGGAUGAGGCAGAUGGUUCUGAAAGCUGGGAGAUUCAGGUUGGAGCCUGCGGUGCUGGGCUCUGUGGGCUUUGGGUAUGGCAGGCGUUACUGGGAAGUGAGAGUGGAUGGAGCCACGUGGGCCGUGGGCAUCUGCAUGGACACCGCCCCCAGGGCACGUUCCAGGCACAUGGAGGGACAGAGCUGCUACUGGACAGUGGGACAGCACAGGGGGGAUUACCAGGCUUGGGGGCCCGAAGGCAUCGUCCCCCUGGAGCUUAAGGAGGAUCCCUGCGGGAUUGGCGUGUAUCUGGACUACGAGUUGGGAGUGAUUUCUUUCUACAAUUUGAAGGACAGAUCCCACAUCCACUCUUUCACUGAUAGCUUUUCUGGGGUCCUCAAGCCCUACUUCUGUGUGGGAUGUGAUUCUCGACCUCGUACGCUCAGCGCAGUAAUAGAACACGAAGCAGUCCUGUGGGAAGGUGCUGUCACACCAUCUUUCAGAGGAGGAGCAGAGGUGUUUGAUCAGCAGCCCAAGCACUCCUUCCCGGAGCCCAGCACCCUGUACCUGGACCUCAUUCAGGUCGCCCUGGCCCUGGAGCUGCUCUGUUCCUUGACAGGCUUGCUCCUGUACACAGUGGUCCUGUCUCCAAGGAUAGUCAUGUUGGAUUUGGGGCUUCAAGUUCAUCUGCGGCCUUCAGGUCACCAAAGUCCCAGCUACUCCAGGCGGGAGAUUAUGAAUCUCCUGGAGGAGAUUGUGGAGAAGCAGGGGGACAUCAUCCUCUACCUGAAGCGCCACAAUGCACUGCUUAGCAGGCGGCUAUUGGCCCUCACGUCUUCUGACCUCAGCUCUCAGCCAAGUGGGAUUUGA